AUGGAAGACGGAGAAGCUUCAAAUAGAGGCAUGGAAGAUGGAGAAGGUUCAAAUAACCUUUCGGAAAAACUACCAAAAAGGGUCCUCGGCGAUGGUUGCUACCCCGUUGGUGCUCGGUUGAACAUAUAUUCAAAGGCCAAUGUCAUUGGCCUCCUUGUUGAGGCGUUAAAGGGUACUGAAGAUCUUGAGAAGCUACUUCAUUCCCAGUUUGGGAAGUUAUUCCAUCUACCUGUUGCAAGAUUUUGCAACAGCGCAAAACUAGUCCAUGCCCUUCUAUCACGACAACUUGUGACCACGAAGAAACACGAGAUUUGGUUCCUCUUUGGUGGACAGCCUCUCAGAUAUUCGAUACGGGAGUUUAAGGAAAUCACUCGAUUGAAUUGCAAUCCCGAACCUGAUAGCACAAAAGAAGAAGAAGAUGUUGGAAAGACAGGAAUUUGGAAAGACCUGUUUGGAAGAGCGACCGCUAUGAACGUGUUUGAUGUGCUUGAAAUGCUAAAGGACCCGGAUCUACCCCAAUGGAAACGGCUACCAUUGGCCCUAAUCGUUCUUGUCGACAGUGUUCUCUUUUGCAAUAGCAAAAAUCUGGCCCUCACCGAGAAAUACGUUGACAUGUUGACUGACUUGGAUAGGUUCAUGCUGUAUCCAUGGGGGAGGGUAUCCUUUAACAAAACAGUAUCUCGUUUUCAAGCUCCGAAGACUUUCAUUGAAGAUCCCGAAGGUUGUCAAAACGUUAUCACAUUAUUGCAUCUUGGGGACAUACUUGCCGUGGAAUCCGACCCUCUGUUGUCUGUGAAACAGAUGGUAGUGAAUGAUGGUGACAAUGACCAACAUAAUGAAUUGCGUUGGGGAGAUGAGGUAGAGGAUGACGAAGUUGCAUUCAUGCAGGAACUCAUGGCCGAGGGGUACAAGUUCACACCUUCGAAUUUUGCUGUGGCACCGGCACCUAUCGUGAAUCUUAGUGAUGCAGAGGACGAGGUUACCAAUGACCAGGAACUGGAGCCAUCCACCCGACCGAAGAAGAAACUGAAAACUCAUCAAACUGAAAAACAAUCCAAAAAAGGUGGUGAAAAACCGGUUGGAGAUGAAGAAGAAGACGAAGAUGGAGGUGAAGAAGGAGGUGAUGAUGGUGCACAGUCUAGCGUACGCCAUGAUGAUGGUGUACACCCCCAAGGUGGUGUACACCAGAAAGAAAGAGAUGAUGAAGAAGGGACCUCUACUUACUACGGCGGGGACCAUUAUUCUCCCAGGGACCAUGCGUACUUGAAGACUCCAGAAGCUCCGAUGAAGACCCCUGAACCUGAACAAGCCAAUUCAGGAACAACUCGUCCACCUCCUUACUUUGUCAAUCCGGAUGAAGAUCCACCUUCUGCCCCCAACGAGGUGGAUGGUGGUCGAACAAAUUUGGGGUCAGGCACCUUAGUAGUCUACAAACCUCAGACUGCUCACCCAUUGAGCUACGCAUAUAAGAAAAAUGAAGCGCAGACAGAUGCAGAGGAUGCACAGGUAUACGCUAGCGACUUUUGCAUUGUCACUGGUCAUAUUGUGAACAAUCAAUUCUUCCUACAAACUGCGAAGCCUACUGAGUGGGUUAACACGAUGCACAUGCAAGUCAUAAUGGCCAUGAUUUGGAGACGUAGAGGUGAAGUAUACUUGAAAGACAGGGUAGCAUUUGUAGACACCUUGUUCAUAUCCAUCAUCGGCAACUACUUCAACGGUUUCAUUUCUAGAGACAAAAAUCAGUAUGACUGGGGGAAAACCAUUCAGGGCAUUGUAUUGGGAAAACCUGCAAAGUGGGCUAAUCAGCGUCAGAGACAAAUGUUUCUACGGUUUGUGGACGUUGUCUACGUCCCGAUGAACUGGGGGUCUGAGCAUUGGGUGGGCCUUGUAAUUGACUUUAAAAUGGGCAACAUAAAGAUUUUGGACUCAUUCAUCAGUCAUAAUGAUGAAGCGGCUGUGGAGCAGUAUAUGGCGCCCGUGUGUCAAAGUAUGCCAUUUAUAUUGAAGCGUUAUUUGAAUAGCAAAUUAACGGAAGGCCUACGCACCACCCCUUAUACAUGGAGUCAUUCGGAGGGAAUAUAUCAGAACGCGAGAUCCGGUGACUGUGGUCCAUGUGCGGCCGAAUUCUUAGAGAUGCAUGCUGCAGGGCUUGGAGUGGAGGAUAUGGGUUUGAUAACGGACGAUGACGUUGACAGGUUAAUGGGAGAAAUACGCCAUGGACUCAUACGAAAAGUUUGUUGGGAAUCCGGGUGUUGCCAACGCUUAGGACGAAUGGUGAACUUUAAUGUUGAGCUUGACAGUUUAUGA